UUUCGAAAGACCCAGCCAAUUGAUUAAUAUACCUGUAUGCGGUUUGGUGUUUAAUUCCUUCUCUGUGAAAUGUGUAGUGAUUUUGUCUCAAACCCAGUCUAGAAUCUCUACAUUUUAUAUUCAAAUAGUUCCGAAAAAACAACAUAUACAUGUAAAGGAAUAUACCCAUGUCCGUAAAUGAUAUACCUCGGAAUUCUUUUAACGGAAUGGAGAAGAGGAGCCUCCCUCCAUUAGCGCUCCCCGAGUAUUCGGGUCCUGGAACUUCUGGUACAGGUUAUACAAAUACAGGAGCUCCGGGAAUCACCACAGCAGAGCAUGUUCAAGAUCUAGACCCCCCUCCAGCUUAUGAUGACCUGUUUGUACGGAGACCUUCACCUGCUUCUUGGGAGAAUAAAUCCAAUCCUUACAACAAAGAUGACAGAAAUGCCUGGGAAAUUAUCCAUGAAUGGUUUGAAUUAUCGAUUCUCCAACAGAUUAUAUGGCUCGGAGCGCUAGCCUUCUCUAUUUCCUAUAUAUAUUACGGCGUGAAAUUUAAUGGAGACUGCUACUGGAAAACCUUUGACAAGAAAGGGAAAACUACAGGGGAGGAAAACCUAACGGCCUUCAUACAAGCAGAGGGCGGAGUUUCGUGUGCUUUCGUUCUAUAUAUUUUUGUGUGGCGGUUGUGGGCUUUUUGUCAAACUCGCAGGUCCAAGCGGAUAACCAGGGCAGAAGUGGAGGGUCAGAAUAAAUGCGGAGGGCUUUUCUUUUUCCUCAGCAUUGGACUAUUUUGGGCUAACUUUGGUUUGUGUAUUGCAGGAGCAACCAAAAUAUUUAACCUGUAUGACAGCAAGGACACAUCUAAUGGCAAUACCUACACUAUUCAGUGCGAUUCAGAUUUCUACAGGUUCUACCAUGACGCCAAAAUAGGUCAUCUGGCUGUCCUGAUGCCAUACGUCGCCUACGUUCUUAUAAGCUUCAUCUUCAUGAUUCCUAUUCAAAAGAAGUGGACUUUACGCCGGAAGUGGCGUCAGUGGGUUAGACUUCUUGACGCUGACCAUGAUGGCAUCAUUAGUCCGGGAGACAUGGAGAAAACCAACGCCAAGCUGGAGCAGAUCCGAAGACUCGUCGGAGCGAGACAGUCACCUCUGUCAGCAGAAGACCAGAGGAAAUGGUGGAACGACCACAUUUUCAAAAGCGGACCCGGAAAACCUAUAUCAUUGCACGAUUACACUUCAUAUUUGGAGGGAUGUAUGGGGUCAUUAGACAAACCGCAUGACACAGUCAAUAAAAUGAAACCAGCCAUCACGGGGUUUUUCAACUUUUUCUCAACCGAUGGUUAUCGCAAGCGAAAUCUCAUUAUUGGUGAAGAAGAUUUUGUCAGGUUCUGGAUAAUUCUCACGGACGUCGAUGAACAGCACUGCAGGGAGAUGUUCAACAAACAUUUCCCAGCACCCGUAACGAUGGCCUAUUUCCUGGAAGAUUUCAAUGCUUUUGUUUCUCAUCCAGAGUUUUGGAAUGAAUUCAGUAAUAGAAUCUUCAAUAUUCUUAAAUUCCGCCGCUCUGGUUGCUGCUGCGAAGUGAAUAUAUGAUUUAGUAUAAGUCUAUAUCGGGAGCAUUGUUGAAGAUAGAGGAUACAUGAAUUAUUUAUUGAAAUGGAUUUUAAAGAUUGUGUUGAUAUUUGACCAGGGCCGUUACAAUUAUUAAUGGUUCCUUUACAUGAGCAAGAUUUAUGGCUCACAACGGGUGUGACCGGUCGACAGGGGAUGCUUAGUCCUCCUAGGCAUCUGAUCCCACCUCUGCUGUGUCCAGAGAUCUGUGUGUGCCCUACUCUCUGUUUUUGUUCCUUGGAACAUGUCAUGGGAUUAAUCACUGUUCGUUAUCUUCACCUUUCAUACAGACAUACACAACAUUCCUGUUCAAUAUGAAUAUGAAUAUUUGGCACUUCAUAAAUGUAGCUCAUUAUUUUAAGUAAGGAUGGAAAUAACAUUCUAACAUGCGUAUCCUCAGGCAGUACACAAAAUAACGACCAAAGACUAACUCGAAAAGCGCCAAAAUAUGAUAAUUGCUGUGAUACGUACAUGCAUGUUCACAAAGCACAUUUCUCUUCUUUCUCUUACAGUAAAGUAUAAUAUAGAUGGAAAGUUGAAAAUAACGAACGGUGUUCAGUAAGGAAAACAAAAUUAAGAGUUGGGCAAACCCCUGCAUAUACCAGAGCUGGCAUCAGUUGCAUAGGAGUAAGUAUAUACUGUCGACUGGUCACACCCGCCCUGGGCCCUAUAUGUUGUACAGGUAAAUACAUAAAUGCUCAUUUUUCAUUGUUAGAAAUUUGUUAUACUUUAAUUUGUUUAGUAUUUUUGUUUUGAUUGUUAUUGGAGUUUGUUUUAUGUUGUCGUUGUUAGUCUUCCAUGUCGUGUCACUCAGAAACGUUUAAAACACUGACAUAAAAAUAGAAAUCAUGGUACCCGCGAGCAAUAAAGUGACAAGCAGAUUUAGAUAUUUUAAGAACACUGUAAAAGAUGAUUCUAUUUGAAAAGAGGUUUUCGUGGGUUGUUAUAUUUCUAUUGUAAAGAAAUUCACUAAAUAUUGUAUUCUAUAUGGGAUUUUUGAGAUUGUUCGUUACAUUCCCCUUCUCAUGAUUUAAUCUAUGUUUGUUAUGUUUCAUUGCCUUUGUUUGAUAUUAAAGCUCUUAACACAG